CCGUGAGGUCACAGUACCUACGCGCCGCCGUGUUGUUUUUGUGUUCCCAGCUCUUGGGAAAAGCCACCGGGAUUUCUUCACCUGCCUAUUCUCUACCUCCGCACCAGCGGACCCGCCAUCCCUUCUGAAAGCUCUGCCAGGCUGCGUUGCGACGGGAGCUGCCAUUUCGGAAGCGAUUCUGAUACAUAUUGAAGUUCGGCGGAGGGAAGCAAGACGGGAGAGACGCAGUCAUCAGCGAGGGAGGCAGGCCCCGUCCGGGGAUCUUAGAAACCCUGCGGUCCAUCAUGAAGUUCCAGUAUAAGGAGGACCAUCCCUUUGAAUAUCGGAAAAAGGAAGGAGAAAAGAUCCGGAAGAAAUAUCCGGACAGGGUCCCUGUGAUCGUGGAGAAGGCUCCUAAGGCCAGAGUGCCUGAUCUGGACAAGAGGAAGUACCUAGUGCCCUCUGACCUCACUGUUGGCCAGUUCUACUUCUUAAUCCGGAAGAGGAUCCACCUGAGACCUGAGGACGCCUUAUUCUUCUUUGUCAACAACACUAUCCCUCCCACUAGCGCUACCAUGGGCCAGCUGUAUGAGGACAACCAUGAGGAAGACUAUUUUCUGUAUGUGGCCUACAGUGAUGAGAGUGUCUAUGGGAAGUGAGUGGUGGAAGCCCAGCAGAUGGGAGCACCUGGACUUGGGGGUAGAGGGAGGGGUGUGUGUGGGACUUGGGGAAAGAGAGGGAGGGCUCCCACGGUGGAGGAGACAGAGGUGAAGACAUCUGGAAACACUACACCGCACACACCGUCAUCAUAUUUUCACAUGCUCACUUGAUAAUUUUUUGCUGCUUCCUCGGCCCAGGGAGAAAGCUUGUCAGGACAGAGCUGUUGGAUUGGCUUUGCUAGAGGAAUGGGGAUGAUGUAAUUUCACAGCACUGCUGCGAAUUAAUUUUUGUGCGAUUUCAUGGAAGACUGAGGAGGUAGGCAGGUUGGGGCCAGAGAUGGUUGUGGACCAGUAGCAACUUCCUGCUCUUCUCUUUGGGCAGGGAUUCUGUUUUUGACAUUUGCACAAGACAGGUAGGAAAAGGGGAUGGGAAUGUUUUAGACUAUUGGUAGUGGACCAUUCUGGGGACCAAAAGAGAUCCAUUGUAAUUAAAACAUUGUGAUGCGUGAUCUCGCCUAUCUCCACACUUCUCCCCAUCCCAAUCCUAAUCUCACACACAAAUAUUACAGUACCACCCCAGUGGUAGUGAUAGACAUCAGACACAGAAAUUUAGAUGGAGCUCUCUUACUGUUGGAAAAUAGGGGUAAGGCGUGAAGGAUGUUGUUAUUGUGAAGAUAGUUUCAAUAGCGUUAAACUGGAAUUGCUAAGUAUUGAGCAUCUCUGUCUAACCUGCUCUCUCUCUGGUGCCCCUUAUUCCACACCUACCUUAGACUUUAAUGAACCUCAGCCAUUUUCAAUUACAGGCUAAAACCACUCCCCCAGCAUUCCCCAAACUUCACUCCGUGUGUAGGGACGGAGAUGUCUUAUGUAUGGAAGGGGCAGGUAUGAGGUAAGAUAGGUUGUCUGCACCUCCCACUCAUCCAGAAUUCUUGCUCCCUUGCUCCUGUCCCUUCCAUCUCACACGCACAGAAAUACUAAAGGAUGGCCAGCUGCUUCCCUCCUUUGGUUUUCAUUUACUGCAGCUGCUAGUUAGGAAAGUUUGAAGGGAUGACUUUUAGUAAUUCAUGGGGAUUCUGUUGAUUCAGAUUAUUGUCACUUUAGGGGUUAUUAAAUGGGUGGGGGUGGGGAGCAGGAAUUGCACUCAGACGUGACAUUUCAGUUCAUCUCUGCUAAUGAAAAGUGUUCUUCCUAUGGGGGAAAUCUAUGUGUCAGUUCUGUCAGCUGCAGGUUCUUGUAUAAUGAAGUUUAUGCUGUCAGGCCAAGAAAAUAAAAUAAUUGCAUACCUUAAAAACUCACGGUGAGUUCAGAAAUGUUGCCUUUAUUGAGCAUGAGUUAGAGUAGAUGGCAUGUGGACUCUGAGCAGAAAACUUUGAGUGAGGGUGGCUCUUGGCAAUGAAUGAUCACGUAUGGUCAGACAUCCAUGUUUGUCAGUUCCUUACUGACCAGGAAUUGGUGAAUGUGGGGGCAGUGUGCCUGGUGCAGUGGUAGUAUGUGUGUGAUUUUCUCUGCAGAUAAAUGCUUUGUCACUGCGUUACGUGUUCCUCAAAGCUGAAGGAGGAAGAUUGCCUACAUGAGACUACAGAGGGUGAGGUUGGGGGUAUGCUUAUUAAAAAUGCAGAUAUCUAGGCUUUGUCCCAGAUUUAGCCGACUCAAUCUCAUCGUAGGCGUCUGUAUUUUUAACCAGCGCCUCGUGAUUCUGCUUCAUACUGAAGUUUGAGAGGCAUUGCUCUGUGUACCUGGUUUUGCUGUAAGUCCCAACCAAACCUGUUCUCUCCAUCACAGCUUGGUCAGUAGGAGGCCAUCAUUUCCCGAACCAGCAAAUGGCAUUUAGGCAAGGCCCCUAGGGUCAAAUCAAGCUUGGUGUCUUCUGACCAUGGGUUCAGGUAGUCAGGAACCAAUAUGUGCGAGGGCAGUGUGAUGCAAGUUAUGAGACAUUGAAAGAGAUUAGUAAAAACUCCUUUCUUAAAGAACUUUAAAACCCAUCCCUAAUCCUUUUUAAUUUCUUGCAGCUAUACCCCCAAGUGGUGUAUACCUGUGUAGAGUUUCAUGGAGUAUAUCAGAAUUACUAGAAAGGAAGUAGGUGAUCGUAAAAGAUCUGUGGCAGGAUUCCACCCACCAUCAAACCGUGCCCAGUGUAGUAACUGAGGAAGUUAAGUCGGGAUUGAGAGGAAAGGAAGAAAUCCAAGCCCUGCAAGUGCCACGUGCAGGAAGUUGUGGAAAGCUCUAAAGAAUUAUGAUGUUGACAUCAAAGCAUUAAAAAUGGUCACCUGUAACUAAUUGGGGUGUUUCUGAUAAAGCCAGAUGGCAGCUAAUAUUGAAUUAAGAUAGGAGCUACAUUUUGAAACUAGAUUUGCCCACUGCAUGGGAAUGUGACUGGGUGAAUGUUUAAGAGCAAAUAAACACAUGGCAGCUCCCAGCCCUCUCUACCCAUGGGAAACAGUCCCCGUCAUGCAGGAGAACGCAUGUCAUUACUAAACCAAAAAGGUAUUUUGAAUUUAGAGCCUUUGUCUCUUACAGGAGGUCUUUGCUUUUUGCAGUCCGAGUUAUCUCUAGAUUUUCAUGGUGGAAAAAAGUUAUCCUUGGAUGGGACAUUACUUAUCACUUUAGAGCAGCCCUUUGAUUUUAUAGAUCCAUAAGUUUUAAAUAACUAAGUUCAGAGGCAAAGGCAGGCCAAGUAUUUCAUGCUUUGAUUUGGAUAUGAUGCUCUUUCCUGAACGUCAGUGUCUCAGCACCACUCCCAUGUUUCCUGCUAGUCAAGCUUUAAAGCUUCUUAUACUCUUAGGCCAUUGUGAGUCGUCUUGAACUAAAAGCAGUUCAAGAAGAGUCCUUUUAUUAACCUGGGCCCUAUGUCCCAUGUAAGGUUAACUGACAUCAUGAUGCUUCUUUCUCGGGACUAGAAUGAUGUGUCAAAUAAAGUCUGUUCCUUCCUUGGAGGCCACUAUGAUAUCAGUGUCAGAAAUGAAUACAUUUUUGUAGAAACAUCUCAAAUAUAUGUAUCUGUAGAGUUAGCAUACAUGUAGAUUUGCCAAGGAUCGUCUUGAUUUAUACUUGUCCUGAUUGGUUUGUUAAUGGUUCCUUAUUUCACUGUCAUAAGUUCCCCAAUGGACAAAAUAAAUGGUCGCUCUCAUACUUAGCAUAAAAACGGAAGCUUAUUCCCACCAUUGAGAGACAGACAGUGUCUGUGCAUCCAUGUAAGGCAUGCCCCAUCCGGCUCUUACCCUGUGUACAUGGAGACGAGGAGGAGAAUGCCACUCCAGAAUGUCUGACUGUUCUGCUUUAUUCCAUUUUUUCCCCCAUGCAGUAUUGUUUUAUUUAAAGCAUUGUACACUAAAAAGAAGGAAAAAUGUUUGGACUGUAUUGUAAAAUCAGAGGUUAAGGUUGCAAAAAGAUCAAAACAAAUGGUGGGUAACCGUUGCGUAGUGGUAACUAAGCAGCCUGGUGCACUGCCUUGUGCAACUCCAGGGGGGCAUCAUGCCAUCGUCCAGUGAACAUUGCUCCCCAGUGUGAUGUUUGUGGUGCACAAUCCUCUGGGUUUUGCAGUGGCCCUUUGGAUAUAAUACCAGUUAUUGCCAGUUGCCAUGGAAUGUUACAUUUAUUAAGCACACAAUUCUGCAUUGUAUUUAUGUCGUUAACCACCAAAUAUAAUAGGUAUGGUAUUGUUUUGAAGUUUUGUAUGUGGGCUGGGAGCAUGCAUGUGUUCUUGCUUACAGAUAACAGUGCCAAGCCAGCUGUUUUAAUGGACAAAUUCAAUCAUUUCUGGAAAAUAAACUAGUUGAUAAAGUGA